AUGCAGAUCAUAAGAGUCUUGAUGAUGGUUCCUCAUGUUUCUAACAUGUCUAUGUUCCUCAUAACUACCCUCGCUAUUUUCAUCAUGUCGACCACAAUGGCAAAACCUUCUCUCUCUACUUACAAAUCUCUAUCUCAAGAUUUAGAUUCUCCUUAUACGGUGAAAUCCAAGAGCUUUUUACCAAAGUUAUAUGGCGAUUAUGGGUUUUGGAACCCGAGCCCGGUUUACGGAGGAGGUUACCCUUAUCCCGGGCCAGUUCCUCAUGGAAGUCUAGAUGCUAAGCAGAGACAUAAGAAGCCGGAAGGAUAUUAG